CCGGCACAGCUCUUACACGAUUCUGACAGCUCCUCCAGGAAACACGAUCCCCUUUGGAACAUUGCGCCGUUCUACCUGCAUCAGCAGCCAAUCAGCGCGCCGCACGGUGUCCCCGCCCCCCGCAGGCGGCCAAUCAGAAGUUUUGCAGUCAGUAAACCUCCCUUUCAAUCACAGCCAAGCUCAAAAAGCGAGAAAAGCCGACUAAACCCGUUUGUGCGGCGCCCGUGCUCCCCGUCCCCGGCGACAGAUCUGUCCCAACUAGAAAGUCCAGUUCCACCGACACGGGCGACAGCAUGACACAAGACUACGACAAUAAACGUCCGGUGUUGGUGCUGCAGAAUGACUCCCUUUAUCAGCAGAGACGGUCCUACACCAGCGAGGACGAGGCCUGGAAGUCCUUCCUGGAAAAUCCCUUGACGGCUGCCACCAAAGCCAUGAUGAGCAUCAAUGGAGAUGAAGACAGCGCUGCUGCGCUCGGUCUCCUUUAUGACUACUAUAAGGUUCCCAGAGACAGGAGACAUUCCUCGACCAAACAAGACCAUGAACACACGGAGGCAGAACACAAUAAGAGGAAUAUUCUGCAGCAGGUGAACGAUGCCCCGUUGAUUUGCAGCGGUGAAAACAGAGUUCAGGUCCUGAAAACCAACGUGCCUUUCAACAUCUUACUCCCUGUGACCAAUCACCUGGACAAGAGAGGGCACCUGGCCGCUCCAGACACCACUGCCACAGUGUCCAUUACAUCAAUGCCAACUCAUGCCAUCAAAACAGAAUCCCACAGCCAUGGCUUCACAGUGGGCAUCCCGCCAAAUGUAUACCACUCAGAGUCCGUGGAACGCAUUGGGUCAUUUGAUCGCAAUGUCCCUUCUGACCACUACAACUCCAGCAACCAUGCGCCCAACUCUCAGAGGAGGACCCCCGACUCCACAUUCUCUGAGACAUUCAAAGAAGAUGUUCAGGAGGUAUUCUUUCCAACCGACCUUAACUUACGGAUGAGUAGUGUAAGCUCUGAAGACUACGUUUUUGAUCCUGUUGCUGGGAAUAAUUUUGAAUACACCCUUGAAGCCUCCAAAUCUCUCCGACCAAAGCCAGGAGACAGCACCAUGACCUAUCUGAACAAGGGUCAGUUUUAUCCAAUCACGUUGAAGGAAAUUGGCAGCAAUAAAGGGAUCCAUCAUCCGAUUAGCAAAGUUCGGAGUGUCAUCAUGGUUGUAUUUGCCGAUGACAAAAGCCGAGAAGACCAACUUCGUCACUGGAAGUAUUGGCAUUCGAGACAGCACACCGCCAAACAGCGAUGCAUCGAUAUAGCGGACUACAAGGAAAGCUUCAACACGAUCAGCAACAUUGAGGAGAUCGCCUACAACGCCAUCUCCUUCACCUGGGACCUGAAUGACGAAGGCAAGGUCUUUAUUUCUGUGAACUGUCUGAGCACGGAUUUCUCCUCCCAGAAGGGGGUGAAGGGGCUGCCGCUGAAUAUUCAGAUUGACACCUACAGCUACAAUAACAGAAGCAACAAACCCAUUCACAGGGCCUAUUGCCAGAUUAAAGUCUUCUGUGAUAAGGGCGCUGAGCGUAAAAUAAGAGACGAGGAACGUAAGCAGAGCAAGAGAAAAGGCAAGUGCACUGAGCCCACCUCCCAGAUAAAUUUUACUGACGUGAAAGGGGGUCUGCUCCCAUCCCACAAGAGGACGGACAUCACAGUGUUCAAACCCAUGCAAGACAUGGACACCCAGCCCGUCCUGUUCAUCCCAGAUGUGCACUUUGCCAACCUCCAGCGCACCACUCAUGUUCUUCCACUGACUUCAGAAGAAAUGGAAGGUGAAAGCUCAGGGAUGAAGAGGCCUUUCUCAUCUGAAGAAGACUUUACUGCCCCCACUACCAAGAUGCCAAGAGUGGACGAACCAAAGCGAGUGCUCUUAUAUGUGAGGAGAGAAGCUGAAGAAGUCUUUGAUGCCCUCAUGCUGAAAUCUCCAUCUCUAACAGGGUUGAUGGAAGCGAUCUCUGAAAAAUAUGAAGUCCCGUUUGAGAAAAUUGGAAAAAUCUUUAAGAAAUGUAAAAAGGGAAUUCUGGUGAACAUGGAUGACAACAUAAUCCGACACUAUUCAAAUGAAGACACCUUCCAGCUGCAGAUAGAAGAGUCGGGAGGAUCGUACAAGCUGACGCUUACAGAGAUCUAACCCUACACUCGGUGCCCUUACACUGGACACGAAGGCCUAAUGUUCACCUCCAUAACGGGUCGACCUCCUUAUAGGAAACUAAACUGUUCUCAAAAAAGUCUUCCUCGAAAUGUUGUGACCAUUUUUUCUAAAAGUUUUGAGGUGUUCUGUCACGAAGAAGGUCAAAUUGGGCAGAGAAGGGCCCACGGCACAAUACAGAGAGAGGCAAAGAAGGGCUUAAUGGCCUAUAAAAAAUACCCUAAAAAUGCCCUUGUAUGUGAAGAACAAAAAUGGGCUUUGUCUGAAAACCCAACAACUAUGUAUAUAAGAAGUGCAAUAUAUUUUUUGUAACUUUUUUUGUAUAUGUGUACAUACACACGAGCUUAAUACAUAUAUAAUAUAUAGAAUUCUAGUAUGCAUGUGGAUAUUGGUGAGGAUAUGUUUCUUUUUAUUUUAAUUUUUUGUUUUGUGUGGUGCCAAAUGAAGGGACCAUAACUUAUGCAGCGAAUGCACCACAGGAUGAACAAUACAUGUUUAGAAAAACCUAAAUCUGCUUAUUUUUUUUUAUUUUUUUUUUCUAGGAUUACCCCAAAAAAUUUUUUAUGGGCCAUAUGAAUAAACCUGCAUUUGAGUUAUCCAGGUGGUUUUUGUGAAUCACGGAUUGGUUGCGCAAUUUGAGGCACUGGUUUUUACUAUUGCGUCUUUAUUUUUUUAUGGGCCAGUGCUUUUUAGCUUUUUAAACAGUUUCAGGCGCAAGGAUAGUAUGGGAUUUAAUGAUAUGAGAAAUUACUUUCCAUACCGAUGGCUGGUCA